AUGGCCUCGGAGUUAGCGUCUUGGAGAUCCACAGGCACCUACGUCGACGCAGUUCCCCCUCCCAGGGCGAACGUAGUCGAUGGCAUGUGGCUCUUCAAGGUGAAGCGGCCGCCUGGUUCACCGCCUGUGUUCAAGGCGCGCUACGUGGCUAGGGGUUUCAGUCAGCGUGAGGGAGUUGACUUCUUCCAGACCUUCGCCCCGACCCCGAAGAUGACUACUCUUCGGCUGCGCCGCCCUCCUGGCUUCACUGACACCUUCCCACCUGGGACCCAGUGGAGUCUGAGACGGCCAGUCUACGGUCUCCGCCAGUCGCCCCGUGAGUGGCACGACACUCUUCGCUCCACACUUCGUGACCUUGGGUUUUGUCCUUCUUCUGCCGACCCGUCGCUGUUUGUUCGCACUGGUUCCACUCCUUUCUUUAUACUAGUGUACGUCGACGACUUGGUCUUUGCCACAGCAGACAGGGCAGCUCUGGCUGAGGUGAAGUCCGAACUGCAGAAUAGACACACGUGCACUGACCUAGGUGAACUGCAGCGCUACCUUGGCCUGCAGAUCACCAGGGACAGAGCCGCUCGCACCAUCACACAGACUCAUUCACACAUGGUGCAGCAGGUCCUUCGGCGGUUCGACUUCCAGUUCUCCACCACACAGCCCACACCUCUUGCUGUUGACCACAGACUCACUGGCCGUUUUCCCGACGAGCCUUUUGAGUCCAGUGGUCCCUACGCAGAGCUGGUGGGCUGCCUCAUGUACCUGAUGACUUGUACUCGGCCGGACCUCGCCUUUCCCCUCAGCGUCCUCUCUCGGUUCGUUGCGACUGGGAGACACCGUCCUGUCCACUGGACAACUGCUGUGAGGGUGGCGAAGUACGUGGCGACUACAUCAGGCAUGGGGCUUGUGCUUGGAGGGACUCAGCCAGUGGCGUUGACUGGUCACUGCGACUCUUCGUACGCUGACGACGUGGAGACUCAGCGCUCGACUCAGGGUUACUGCUUCAGUCUGGGUGCUGGUGCUGUGUCGUGGAGGUCUACACGGUCGUCGUCUGUGGCUACUUCCAGUGCAGAGGCAGAGAUCUACGCUGGUGCCAUGGCGGCACAGGAGCUUCACUGGUUGACCUUCUUGCUCGCCGACCUUGGUGAGCGGCCUCGCUCUGCACCGACCUUGUACGCUGACAACAAGGCCAUGAUCCUCCUCUGUCGAGAGCCUCGACUGGAGAGCAGAGUGAAGCAUAUUGACGUGAGGUACUUCCUUCUGCGAGAGCUGCAGCGACGUGGCCAGGCACGACUGGACUUUGUGGCCUCAGAGGCCAACACUGCAGACGUCCCUGGCGCUUGGUGA